GUAUAGAAUGGCCGGAUUUCGUGUAGUUUGGGAGUGAAUUUGAGGUGGUGUCCGAUCAGGACUAUGGACAUGAACGACAGCUUGAGACUGGCGGCACUCCAUGCACGCCAUCUCCCAGCAGCUCUCCCCGACCGUCGGCUGCUCAUAUUAUUAUCUAUCAAUUCAAUUACCACGCACAAACAUUACAACAUGCUGCAUCCAUUCACGAAACCACAUCAGUUUCAUCGGAAUUCUUCACUAUUUUAUUUUAUAUUACAUGUACAUUAAGAAUCACCGAUGAUUAUUAUUCAUAGUCGCAUAAGGCUAAAUUAUUUGAAGGACUGAUGAUGAUUAAUUGAACGUACUUCUGAUUGUUCAUCGACAAGUAUGGAAAUGCAUUUGGUGUCCUCGGGUUGAGCCUAAUCAUGGGCCACUAGGUUAGCUGCGGUGGGCAUGGGGCUCUAAGAUUAUCUUUUGCGGACCUCCGAGAUAUUACCGAUUCAAGCGAGUCGCGUGCAUGAAAUGCAUUAUAUCGAGAUACUUUCUCAUCUAGGAGAUGCCGAUCGAUAUAGAGGGGUUGGGACCAUGGCCGGCAGCCACUACCUCUGCCCGAGGUCGUCGGCAACCUCUGAGACGGCUAGGGACCUUGGAGAGGGGUUGGUCCCCGCUUGUGGCAGGUCCAGCCCCCAACUCUAUCUAACUGUCCGGUGUCUCCAUUGGCCCUUAAAAAAAAAAUCAUUUGAAAAUUCAAAAAAAAGAAACGGUGACCGGCUUCACUGGUGACAGCCGGUCGACCGCAAAAUGCCACUAGGUGUCAAAGUAACAUAAUGACAUGCUAGAAGAAACCGCAAAUGUUAUAUUAUUUGAUCACUGUCGGUCGGCCAAAUUCUCGGGGGAUCAGCUGAGGCUCUCGCUGGUCAACACUUCAAUAUUUUCGAGGCGUUUGUGCUGAUUAACUAUGCAUGAUGCCAAUUAGAUGGCCACGGCUGCUAAACCCGACUCACCUUCGUCAGAUCAUACAGUGUCAGAAAAACCCAUUGACAGCUCUUCACAUCUUCAGAGAAGCCAAGCUCAAGUACCCAAACUAUCGGCACAAUGGACCGGUAUAUGGCACAAUGAUCAGCAUUCUUGGGAAUGCUGGGCGUAUCAGUGAGAUGAAGGAGGUGAUCGAGGAGAUGAAAGCAGACUCGUGUGAGUGUAGGGACUUGGUCUUCUCAGCUGCUAUUAAGACCUAUGCCGCACAUGGUUUAUUGGAUGAAGCAAUCAUACUUUUCAGAGAGCUUCCUCAUUUUAACUGCGUGAACUGGACGGAAUCGUUCAACACCCUCCUACAGAUAAUGAUCAAGGAAUAUAAGCUUGAGACUGCUUGUAAUCUCUUCCUAGAGAGCUCUCAGGGAUGGGAAGUGAAGUCCCGUGUUCGGUCUCUGAAUUUGCUAAUGGAUGCUCUGUGCGAGAUGAGGCGAUCUGAUCUCGCCUUGCAGAUAUUCCAGGAGAUGGAUUAUCAGGGUUGCUAUCCAAACAGGGAAAGCUAUGGCAUUCUAAUGAAAGGAUUAUGUGAAGAUGGAAGGUUAAAUGAAGCCACCCACUUGCUGUACUCGAUGUUCUGGAGGAUAUCUCAGAAAGGUAGUGGUGAGGACAUAGUUAUUUACAGAAUUCUGUUGAAUACUUUAUGUGAUAAUGACCAAGUGGAGGAGGCCAUCAAUAUUCUUCGUAAGAUCUUAAAGAAGGGAUUAAAAGCUCCGAAGCGGUCUCUUCAGAGCAUCAAUCUUAAGGAGUGUACUAGGGAUGACAGUCAAGAAGUUGGGGUUGUCAAACGUUUGAUUAACGAUUGUCUAGUUAAUGGUGGAAUACCGAGUUCAGCAAGUUACAGUGCAAUGGCUAUUGAUCUCUUCAAUGAAAAUAAAAUAGUUGAUGCUGAGAAAGUGGUCGCUAAGAUGAGAACCAAAGGGUAUAAGCCAUUGAGUUUGAUCUACGAGGCGAAAUUGACAGCCCUCUGUAAGGAGGGCAGGGUUGAGGAAGCAAGGGAAGUUGUUGAUGAGGAGAUCGUAAAGGAUAGUAAUGUUCCAAGCUGUAAAGUGUAUGAUAUCGUGAUAAAGGGUCUUUGCGAUCACAAGAAUUCUAAACUUGCUGUUGUAUACCUCGAGAAGAUGUCUAAAAAGUUCGGUUUUAAUGCGUUCAAGGAAACUUACGACAUAGUACUUCGUGGUCUCUGUUCUGAAGGAAAUUUCAUUGACGCAAGUCGAGUUUUGGAGCAGAUGGUGAUUAAGUCGCACAAACCUCAUGCAGACAUUUUUGGGAUGAUUGUAGAGGGUCUUUGUGGGGUAGGCCGGCAAUAUGAAGCUGUGAUGUGGUUGGAGGAGAUGGUCAGCCGGGGUAACCUUCCAGAAGUUCCUGUCUGGAACUCUUUAGUCUCUUCUGUUUGUUGCAAAAUAUCUGAAAUUGAGCUUGUUAGCAGUCAUUCUGAUUAAACGCUCAGGUAGUAACUGCUGAUGGAUUUUUUAGGCCCUCAAGAAGGGAAAACUGCACCUGCAGCUUUUGCUUGUAAACUAUAUACAAUAUAUUUUUAAAGUCUAUGAAAUCGUGAUUACUCUCGACAA